CGUAAACAUAGUUUGAUGAUAUUUAACAUUUUUUUAAAUUUAGGAUGUCAUCUGAAACACCACAUAUCUCAGACACGCUUAGGAUUCUUCACUUACCACUAGAACUUUCUGAUGAACGACGUAAUGAAUUAUUUAAAAAAUAUGGUGCAAUUAGAACUCGAACUUUAAGACCUUCUAGAAAGUAUACUAUAACUUUUGCAAAAUUCCAAUCUCAAGAAGCAGCUACAGAAGCAUUAUUACGUUUGCAUCAAUUAAAUGUUAAAGGACAAUAUUUAACAGUUGAAUUUGCUAGAAAGACUAUAUCAACAGAAAAAGUAGAAAAUUAUAGUGAUAAUGAUAUACAUACAAAAGAGGAAAAUAAGAAGGAAUCUACAAAUAGGUCUAAUUUUCAAGCAUUUUUACAAAAGCUAAACAGUUGGACUAUGAAUCAAGUCUUUACUCAACCACCUCCACCAAAUAUACAAUAUAAAUAUUCAACACCAACAAAAGGCACUUUAAUAAGAAUAGCAAUACAAUUAUUAAAAGAACCAUCUUUCUAUACACAGGUUUUACACUUGAUGAAUAGAAUGAAUUUACCACCUCCUUUUGAAGAAUUAGAAGCAGAAUUUCCAGCACUUAAGGAAGUUUAUGAUAUAGAAAAAUAUAAGGAUAUAUUUAUAAAAGAAAGUUUAUAUCUUAAAGAAAAUGAAGAUAUUUGCAAUGAGGGAACAGAGGAAGAGGAAUCUGAAAUAGAAUCAAAUGAAGAAGAUAAUACAAAAUCUAUGGAAAUAAUACCUAUAAAAAGAAAACGUCCACAGCAUACAAAACGUUUGAAAAUUCCAAAAUUCAUUAAUCCUAAUAAACAAAUAACAGCUUCAAGUUCUACACAAAAGGUUGUAAAAGCAGCUGAUAUGUUUGAACCAAUACAACGCGGUGAAACAAAAAAUCUUAAAAUUGAAUUGAAAAUAGUGGAUAAAUUGUUAGAUACUACAAAUGAAGAUGAAAAUAUGGGUUCUAAAAGUGCUACAGAUGGUGGCUUUGGAUUAAUGUUCCCAGUUUCUAAAACUCUUGAUACCGUUGAAAGUAACGAAAGUAUUAAAAAUGUUCAACAAGAAGUAAUUACGUCUAAUGAAUUAGCAAAUAACAGAAUUUCAACUAAUGAUCAGAGAUUGUUACCUGUUUUUAAAAAUUAUCAUCCUGGCAAGCCAUCAAGUCGCUUAUACAUAAAAAAUCUUGCAAAACAAGUUGAAGAAAAGGAUCUCCAUUUUAUUUAUAAAAAAUAUGUGGUGCCUGAGUUAAAAACAGAGUUAGAGUAUGAUAUACGGCUUAUGCAAGAAGGUAGAAUGAAGGGGCAAGCAUUUAUCACAUUGCAGAAUAUUGAACAAGCACAACUAGCUCUUGAUGAAACAAAUGGUUUCAUUUUAAAAGAUAAACCUAUGGUUGUACAGUUCGCUAAAGUAACAAAAAGUUAA